CCAGCGCCGGCGGCGACCGAUGGACCAGUUCCACGACAGGCAUCACGUGCGGCUGCGGAGCUGCGUGCUCCGCACGUACCUCCACGCCGACCACGACGGGGAGCGCGUCUCCCUCAGCCGGUGCCGUGACUCGCUGAACACGGCGUGGGUGGUGCACAUCCACCAACUCGCCGACGGCCCGUACCUGCUCCUCCACAGCGCCGCCUACGGCCGCUACCUCGGCACCACGUUCAAGCCGGCGCCGCUCGGCCGCCACGGCUGCCGCACCGAGCAGCGCGACUACGACGACGAGCAGGACUUGAUGGCCGUCAUGUGGAAGGCCGCCAGGGCGGGCUUCCGUGACAUCGUCCUGCUCCGCAGCGUCGCCGGCCGCUACCUCCGCGCCAACGGCAGGUACCUCCCCUGGAACACCGGUGUGACCGUCGACAACAAGGUCAGCGCCCUGAUGUACUGGACCGUCGAGCCCAUCCCCGCCAGAGAGGGUCCGCCUGGCCUCCAAGGCCCGAUUCACACCCCCAGCCCCGGAUACCACUCCCUCAUGCUCUGGCGCAAUCCGGUGGUGUCACGGCUGAUCCGGUUCAUGCUGUCCGAUCCCAACGGCCCCAUCUACACCCAGCACUGCUGGACCACGUUCCGGUUUAGGGGGAGGUCCGUGUUCCACCUGAGGGACGAGGUGGCCAGGCGCAUCGCCUUCGUCCUGGACGGGCGUCAGUCCUUCGACCUCGUAAUGUGCGUCCGAGCGGGCCGCCAGGGGCGUCUGACCCCACUCGUCGUCGACCUGCCCAGCAGCGGCUACGGUGAGACCCUCUGGAUUGUCGUCUUCAUGUCCUGGACCCCAGGUGACAGCCACUCUCCGUGUCCUAACUUCCUAAUGAUCUCCUUCGUAAUGGUGGCAACAAGUGAACCUGUAAUCUUGACUCAAUUUACUAUGCGCGAUGUACAGAUUUUGGUUUAAAUGCCAUGAUCUUUUAGGUUUUAUUUUCUUUGUUAUAGGUGCUUGAUCAGUUUCCUGAAAAUGUUAUAGUCUGAGAAAAAGUUUACUGAAAUUGUUGUAGUCUAGAAAAACAGUUAUCUGAAACUGUUAGGAGUUGGUAAUUGUGGGCAACUGUUGUAGUCUUGUAUGUAGAUAUAAGUAAAGGAUGGUUAUUGGGGGGGAACAGAUCAUUCCAUAACAUGUUUACGCACAACCUAGAUAUGGGAAAGCAUUGGUUUCAUACUAUUCUCCUCGUUUCAGAUAAUUCAGUACCUCCAUUUGGUACUAUUUUUUGCCAUCAGUAAAAAAACUAGUGUAAAGCUAUUGAAAAUUAUAUAACUUAAGAAGCCAAAUCAGCUCAUUAAUCUCUUUUCAGCCUUAGCAGAGAAGACUGAAAUAUCCUUCUGAUUUCGCUUGUUUUACUUGGGUUGAAUAACCUCUGAGCAAAAUUGAGGUUCAUACAUUACUAAAUUAUUAAAUCUAGUUCUACAUAUCGUAUUGUUUUCUGGUUUUGCACAUGAGCUUUAUUUCUAGUCUUGUAUUUUUUUAUAAACUCUGAGAUUUGGAUUGCUGAUCUGCUUCAUACAAAUAUUCUUUGGCGAGAAAUAUUUUGGUGGUCUUGAAAUC